AUGUUCUGGUUUGGGGAUUUUUUUUUUGUUUCAGCGCAAGUAAUAAGCAUCGACUUCACAUUGCACAAGAGCAAAAGAGGUGCAUUGAUUCUGGUUUGCGAUGGUUUUAAAUAUCGAAGAGAUUACUUGCACGGCGAGAGAGUGUCGUGGAGAUGUGUCCGAAGACAGUGGGGGUGCAAAGCGACCGUUGGCACUGUUGGGAAUGAACUAGUCAAGUUGUCUGGGGUGCAUUCCCACCCCCCAGAAGAUGCCGAUGAUAUAAUGGCUGGACCUCAAGACAGUGGCUUUCCAGGAUGAGAACGGGCGGAGAGUUCUCAUGGUUGGUGACAAGCGCUUCAUGAGGCACUACGUGAAUAGCAGGGGACGCAUCCGAUGGAGAUGCUGUAAGUCCUUCAAUAGAUGUCGCGCCAUCGCCAUUACUGAUGGCAUGCAUAUCGUCAAACUCAACGAUAGGCACAACCACAUAUAAAUAGUAACUUUCAAAUUAAGCGACCGCAAUGAUAUUAAAGAACUAUAGAUAUGUUACGUUCAUAG